UUGGCAGCCGAAGUCCAUCCCGACCACUUGCUCUUCGUUUGAUUACACAUACUCACCCAUUGCUACACCUUUUUAAAGGUGACUGGUUGUUGUAUUCUUUCUUUUUCCUCUCCGCCAGACGUUCCUUUUUGAUACCCAUUCUCUCAAGAUGGCGACCGCAACUCGUACCUUCACUCGCGCUCUGCGCACUUCGGCCCGGCCCGCUUUCACUGCCGCGCCUCGUGUCGCUUUCCACCAGAGCGGCCGCCGCUUCUACUCGUCAGAGCCCGCCGCGAAGCAGGGGUCGUCGGCCUGGCUUUGGCUCGCCAGUGCUGCCGCCGUCGGUGGCGGUGCUGGCUGGUUCUACCUGAACAACCAGGGCUCUGCCACGCCCAAUGUCUUCGCUCCAAAGUUUGAGGAUUACCAGGCCGUGUACAACGAGAUCGCGAACCGCUUGGACGAGAACAGCGACUAUGACGACGGCAGCUACGGCCCCGUGCUGCUCCGCCUGGCCUGGCACGCCAGCGGCACCUAUGACAAGGAGACCGGUACUGGCGGCAGCAACGGUGCCACCAUGCGCUUCGCUCCCGAGAGCGACCACGGCGCCAAUGCUGGUCUGAAGGCCGCGCGGGAUUUCCUGGAGCCCGUGAAGCAGAAGUUCCCCUGGAUCACUUACUCUGACCUCUGGAUCCUUGGCGGCGUCUGCGCCAUCCAGGAGAUGCUUGGUCCUCAGAUCCCGUACCGCCCCGGCCGUCAGGACAAGGACGUUGCCGCCUGCACACCCGAUGGCCGCCUUCCCGAUGCUGCCCAGGCCCAGGACCACUUGCGGGCCAUCUUCUACCGCAUGGGCUUCAACGACCAGGAGAUUGUUGCUCUGGCUGGCGCCCACGCCCUCGGCCGCUGCCACACUGACCGCUCCGGUUACUCGGGCCCCUGGACCUUCUCUCCCACCGUCCUGACCAACGACUACUACAAGCUCCUGCUCGACGAGAAGUGGCAGUGGAAGAAGUGGAACGGCCCUAAGCAGUACGAGGACAAGAAGACAAAGUCCCUCAUGAUGCUCCCGGCCGACAUGGCGCUCAUUCAGGACAAGAAGUUCAAGGAGUGGGUGCAGAAGUAUGCUGCCGAUAACGAUCUUUUCUUCCGGGACUUCGCGAACGUCAUUGUCAAGCUCUUCGAGCUGGGCGUGCCUUUCCAGCCUGAGAACAAGGAGCGGUGGGUCUUCAAGCCCGUCAACGCUUAAGUCAGGGGAACGAGGCGAUGUGUAUUUCCUGGACGUAUUGAGGUGGAUACCCAAGAGGCGCUGAAGUCUUGAUGAAGAGCUCAUAAGGAGGAAUAGAGGAGAAUAAUCAUAUGGCG